AUGUCCUUCAAAGAAGGUUGGGUUGGCCUCGGCAUAAGCCCCAUGAUAAGAAUGACGUCCAGGUUCUACGGGCACGAUGGGAGGGUCUCUUUCUUGGCUCUGAGCCUGCGGUUGAGCGCCUGGGAGCGCGAGGAAACGGCAGCCAUGAAGCUCUUCACCGCACUUCUUGCGUUAUGUGUCGCGCAAAGCCACCAAACGGAGGCUUCCGCCGAUGAUUUUACAGAGCCCGAGGUUUUGAUGGAGAAGAUCGGCUUCCACUCCGGGAAGAUCGGUAUCUUCGCUCAGGUGGGCUCAGCUGAGGUCUGGCCGGAAUUGGCGCAAUGUGUCUCCAACGUGCUGGAAGCAUCGGACGACAGCAUCGGCGUGCACAUCGAUUAUGUCGAGGCCUCCGCCCCGACGAAGGCGGCGAUGCACCAGCUCUGGGGCUACCUGCGAGGCAAGCACGGCUUCGUCAACUUGCUCCUCACGAAGUCCAAAUCAAAGGGCAUGGACAUGGGCCACUUCGUCUCACAAUUGUACACAGCUCAGAAGAAGGGCCUGCAAUAUGACCUGAUGCUGAAGAUCCACACCGACAGCCACCCAGACCUCCGGAAGCUGGCAAUGGAGGCGCUCUGUGGGACGAAGUUCCAAGUGCGCAGCGCGCUCCACAACUUCGAGGCUCACGGCAAGCUGAAUCUGAUUGCUCCCGCUGGCACCACGAUGACCCGACGGACGAAGACUGCCAAUCUGGCUCCGGCUCUCUCCGAGCGACUUUUCGGUGGCCGCGCGGAGGUCGGUGGAGCUCCGAUGUACUCGACGAAGCAGGCAACGAAGUUGUUGCUCAAGGAGAUGGGUGCCAACAUUGAUAUCGCGGAGGACCAGCUCACAAGCAUCGGUGGCAACAUGUAUUGGGCUCGCUUCAACUCCGUGCCCUUCCCGAACCUGGCGGCUUCGGCGUCAACGAUCUGGCCUAAGCUCGAGGGCAUCGAGACGGAGCUGGGGAACUUCGCCGUCUCCUCCAUCCGCGGCGCGGGCUACUACGUCGGAGAGCUUCCCAUGGCUCCUAAGGUGAUGGCCAUCUACUUCCCGCAGUACCACCAGUUUCCUGAGAACGACGAGUUCCACGGCGAGGGCUUCACCGAGUGGACGCACUUGAAGCCUUUCGUGGACGAAGCCAACGAGCUCCGGAAGCCGCUGGCUGCGGAGUUGGGUGGCUUGGACUACUACGACCUCACUGACAGGAAGGUCCGCAAGCACCAGGCGGACCUCGCUAAGCAGUACGGAGUUCACGGCUUCAUGUUCUACCACUACUGGUUCAGCGGCCAGGGCGUGAAGAACAGCAGUGUCAUGUGGAAGAUUCCGCACAUGAUGCUCCAAGAUGGACAGCCGGACAUGCCCUUCUUCUUCUCCUGGGCAAAUAGGCGCUGGGAGCGCGGCUAUGGCGAGCAUGCCACUGGGGAGGUCUUGAUCGACCAGGACUACAGCAACGAGUCUGGAUGGAAGGAGCACUUCGAAUACCUGCUGCCGUAUUUCCAGCACCGCCUCUACAAGAAGGUCGACAACAAGCCCAUCUUCGCCAUCUACUUCCCGCAGGAGAUUGGUGACAAGUUGGGGCCGAUGAUGAACAACUGGCACCAGCUUGCCAAGCAGAACGGCUUCAACGGCAUCUACUUCCUGCGGACGGUCAGCGGGGCCGGCGGCCCUCAGUUCAUGCCCAGCCUCUUCGACGCCAGCUUCCACUUCAUGGCGGUCUGCGAGCGAUGCGGACGCCCUGCGUCCGGUGAAGAUAAGGACUUCGUGACCACGUGGCCGCAGUAUUGGGGUGCCACGACGGGCUUCGACAACCGCGUUCGUGGCUGCAGCCAGCGCUACCGUGCAAGCCCUGAGGAGUUCAAGGUGGCGCUCCAGCAGUCUUUCAGCAACAUGAGCCAUCAUCCUGCUCGCCGAAUCAACGAGAACCUCUACUUUGUCGCCGCAUGGAACGAGUGGAACGAGCAGGGAGUUCUGGAGCCUGACGCGAUCCAUGCGUUUGCCUACUUGCAGGCCCUGCAGCAUGCUGCAGAGACUAUCGGAGCAGCCGACCCCACGUCGGAGGAUCUUCUGUCCGUGGCGGCGCCUGUGAAGAAGCAGCGCCCCAUGACUUCCUUGCUGGAGAUGAAGAGCAUCGAGGUGAGACCAGAUCUUGCCUGGGGCCACGGCACGGGGCCCAAGAAGUGGGACGAGACGCGCCGGGACCGGAAGGUGGAUCCCAAGGAGAACCCCGAGCCUCAGGUGACGCUCGGUGGCGAUGCCAAACGGCCGAUCGACGACCGUCUUACUACUACCGAAGCUCAAAGGACGAUGGCAAGAGCAGCGUCCGCGCACGUGGAAGAGACUACCGCCACAACAAGCGCGGAGACAAAGGAGGCCGCAAUGGCCGGGAUGAUGUUGAUGAUCGCACACGUGCCGGACGUAGAGAUCGUGGAGACGACGGUCGCCGAGGUGACGAUCGCCGUGGAGGUCGCGAUGAUGGUCGCCGAGGUGACGACGACCACCGCGGAGGUCGCGAUGAUGCUCGCCGAGGUGACGACCGCCGUGGAGGUCGCGAUGACAGGGGCAACAGCACACGGGACGAUGAUCGUCGUGGAGGUCGUGAUGAUGGUCGCCGAGGAGGUGACGACCGCCGCGGAGGUCGCGACGACGGUCGCCGUGGCGAUGAUAGUGGCAACAGCACGCGGGACGAUGAUCGACGUGGAGGUCGCGAUGAUGGUCGCCGAGGUGACGACCGCCGUGGAGGUCGCGAUGACAGAGGCAGCAGCACGCGAGACGAUGAUCGACGUGGGGGUCGUGAUGAUGGUCGCCGAGGUGAUGACCGUCGUGGAGGCGGCCGAGGUGACGACGACCGUCGCGGUGGCCGAGGUGACGAUGACCGUCGUGGAGGCGCAGCCAGGUGACUGGGACUGGGAGUACGUGCCUAUUUGA